AUGUGUGGUAUGAUGAGUGCUGCAAGAUCGUCUAAGACCGUAUUUAAUUUUACUCUGUCGACUGGUAAUACAAUACCUGAUAAAAAUCUUGGUCCAACGCGUGAUCAUACAACUAAUUCAACAUCCGGUGGUUUUCUCUAUUGGGAUCGACACCAACCACUUACUUCAACAGAUUAUGGGACAAUAUAUACAUCAACAGUAAUUGUUGAAAAUUUUCAUCUGUGCGUUAAAUUUGCUUAUUACGUAAAAUCAACGGCCAUUAACAAGAAUGGAACAACGAUCAUUCUCUUUUCUUCACACUCUAUUUCACAAAUCAUAUGGUUUCGAUCAUUAGAUGAUAGUCAAGGAUGGCAGACUGUUAUUGCCCCUGUCUAUGACUAUCUUUAUGACAAAACAUUUUCAUUUUAUGUCAAUCAAACACAAUCAGUACCAGUAUCAGUCGCUUUUGACGAUAUUGAAAUUGAUCAAUGUACCACUUUAACACCAACAACGACCAUAACAACGACUACAACCACAAAAACAAGUACUAGUUCAACAACACUUACGACAAUAAUCAGUAGUAGUUCAACAAUAACAAGGAAAACAUCGACUCCUGUUCAAACCACUCCAAGUAGUGCUCAUCAACUAUUGUUUUUAAAUGAAUACAGUUUGAUAAUUAUUUGUUUUCUUUCGAUAAAUUUUCGAAAAUAUUUCUAUUAA